AUGGAAGUGGUUAAAUUUGCUGGUGAUCUGAAAGAAUAUUGGAGAUUUGCCACCCGUUUUAAAGAUCAAGUUCUUUCACAGCCGAUCAGCGAAAGUAAAAAGCUUAGUCGCUUGAUGCAGUACUUAGACGGGAAGGCAAAAGAAGCUGUAGAAGAUUAUGAAGGUAUGGGUGAUGGCGCGCUGCAAGAAGCUUUAAAAGUUAUUGAGACUCACUUUGGGCAACCUUAUAUGAUUGUUGAUGCAUCCAUUGGGUCACUUGUCAAAGGUCCGAACAUAAACAGUGGAGAUGGAAAAGGCUUACAGAAAUUAGCCGACAAGUGUCAAUUUGUUUAUAAGACUCUGAAAGCUAUGAAGUGUCUUAGCGAAGUUAACACCGAUCAUAUGAGAAGAUUGGUCGCCCGUUUGCCAUACCAUUACCAAGCCAAGUGGAGAGAUCGCGCGAGUUCAAUACUGAAAUCUAGAAGUAAGCUCCCCAGUUUCUUCGACUUGGUAGAAUUCCUACAAGAAAGAGCAAGUUUCGAGAAUAACCCAGUAUUUGGUUAUUUGAAAGACUUGAAUAAAACCGAAGUCAUCCGAAAGAAAAGAUACUCUGACUCAAAUACAAAUGCUUCAAGAAUUUCAAGUUUUGCAACACAAUUUGCACCGAAACAUGUCCGACAUCACAGACUUUUGCAUUUGAACAACCAAGAACCAAAGAAAGAACAAAUCAAUGUUGAUAAGUCGGAGCAUCGAAAGGUAAUUACGUGUGACGCUAAUGUUCAGACAAACGCAGCGAAUGUAGUUCCAGAUGUCUACAAAGGUGCAACCGCUCUCCCAGUCGUGGCAGUUGUAGUUCGGGGACCUGUUUCGUCCUGA